CCAAAUUAUAUCGGCAAUCUCUCAAUUUCCUCGCCCAACCCAAAACACCGACAAAACCCAACAUCAGCCGCAACCUACUCUGCUUGUACCUCUCGCAUGUUACUGUUGCUCCUUCGAUCCGACUCCUUUGUCCUUUCUCAGAGAACAGAAUCCCCCUUCCUCUUCCGCUUUCCCCACAGAUCUCCGAGUCCAACACUCGGAUCAACGGCGUUGAACUCCCAAUUCCCACAUCAACGGCCGCCGUUUGUUCUCUACGGCCAUGAGCACUCCAGUCCUUUCAGGAGGCACGAGCUUCUAUUCUGGGUUUACUCGGCUAUGCAAGGGCCUUGCCGUGGUUCUCCUAGGUGGGCACAUUGUCGUCCAGCUCUUCCCUUCGGCUAUUACUUAUCUUGCUCUUAUACCCGCCAGGACAAUUCCUUUUGGUUGGAACCUCAUAACAGCUGGUUACAUUGAACAAUCAGUGCAUGGGGUGGUUGCCAGCACAGUUGGUCUCCUUUUCAUUGGAAAGCUGCUUGAGCCUGUAUGGGGUUCUCGAGAAUUCUUGAAGUUCAUCUUUGUAGUUAACUUUCUGACUUCUGUAUGCGUUUUCAUUACGGCUAUCGCCUUGUACUACAUUACAACACAGGAAAAUUACCUUUACAUGCCUGUUUCUGGCUUCCAUGGAGUUCUUUCCGGGUUUUUGGUUGGCAUCAAGCAGAUAAUACCCGACCAAGAGCUGCCUUUGUUGAAGAUAAAAGCUAAGUGGUUGCCAUCUCUCACACUGUUGCUUUCUAUUGCUGUAAGCUUAUUCACUCUUGAGUCAGCAACAUAUCUUCCAACCUUAAUAUUUGGCACAUAUAUGAGCUGGAUUUACCUCAGAUACUGGCAGAGAAAACCGGAAACAAAACUUAAGGGUGAUCCAAGUGAUGAUUUUGCAUUCUCUACAUUCUUCCCUGAAUUUUUAAGACCAGUCAUUGAUCCCAUCGCUUCUAUAUUUCAUCGGAUGCUCUGUGGGAGAACUGAAGCUUCUGCUGAAGCCCAGGGAUACACACUGGGUGGUGCCCCAUUGCCUGGUUCUGAUCCCAUUGAGGCUUCUCGAAGGAGGGAAAGGGGAGCUCGAGCACUUGAAGAAAGAUUAGCAUCUGAGAGGUUGGCCACUGCAAAGAGCGGAGAAGAGGUGCUAAAAGAUGCCGCAGAGAAUGUUUGAUUGCUUGGAAACGCUACUUUUGGAUCCAGUGAACCGGCACAAUUGUGUCUUUUCCGUUACAUCUUAAAAAGGUUUUGCUGUAUUUGGGGAGAAGCUUGGAUUCUGGAGGAAAGUUGUAUUGUACAUUUUAGCCUUGGAUUUUAAUUCUCACGGUGCAAAAGAUCAUCCUCCUCUUGUAUUUCCUUGGUAUGAUAAUUCAUCUGUGUUCGUGCUCAAGAUGUAGAAUUGGGAUACAAAAGAAUUGCCCCCAUAUGUUUUUCCCUUACGCAUAUGAAGUGGAACAUCUUUUUCCAA